UAUUCUGCUUCUCCUUCUCGUGUGCUCCUUCUUUUCAUGUCAUGUGAACACGUGUCGUCCUAUGUUAUCCAAGAAAGUGGAGUAUCGUACAAGACGUGUCGUGUAAAAAUAGAAUAAUUAAGAAAAAGAAGCUGGUAGAAGAAUAAACACUCACUGACAAUGACGGAAAAAGUGCGGAGAUAUGAGAAAAUCGAUUUUCUGGGCGAAGGACAGUUUGCCACGGUUUACAAGGCGAGAGACAUAGAAACGAAUAAAAUUGUGGCUGUGAAAAAGAUUAAGGUCGGAAGUCGUGCAGAAGCUAGAGAUGGCAUAAACCGGACUGCUUUGCGAGAAAUUAAACUGCUGCAAGAGUUAAAGCAUGAUAAUAUUAUUGGCCUGUUAGACGUUUUCGGCUAUAAAUCAAACGUAUCGUUAGUAUUUGACUUUGUGGAUACCGAUCUGGAAGUAAUAAUAAAAGAUAGCAAUAUAGUUUUAACCGCAGCCAAUAUAAAGGCGUACAUGAUUCAAACCUUACAAGGCCUGGACUAUCUUCAUUUCAAUUGGAUACUUCAUAGAGAUUUGAAGCCGAAUAACUUACUGGUGAACUCAGAAGGCGUUCUAAAAAUAGGAGAUUUUGGCCUGGCAAAAUUUUUCGGAUCACCUAACCGGAUAAACACUCACCAAGUGGUCACAAGGUGGUACAGAGCGCCUGAAUUACUUUACGGCGCUAGACUUUAUGGAACUGCGAUUGAUAUGUGGGCGGUGGGUUGUAUAUUAGCCGAGCUUCUGUUAAGAGUGCCAUUUUUGCCUGGCGAAUCUGAUUUAGAUCAACUCACUAGGAUAUUUCAGACACUAGGUACUCCAACGGAAGAAACAUGGCAAGGGAUGACCGAAUUACCGGACUUUAUUCAAUUCAAGCCCUUCCCUGGCACGCCUUUGAAGCAUAUAUUCACUGCUGCUGGCGACGAUCUCCUGGAUUUAAUUGCUAGUUUUCUGAACGUGAAUCCUCUGGAAAGGUGUACGUGUGAUCAAGCGCUGCAAAUGCCAUACUUUAGCAAUAAACCCGCACCUACAGCUGGAUCUAAACUGCCUCUACCCAUGACCAUUAAACGUCAACGUGAAGAAAGACCUAGUCUAAAAAGAAAACUGUUAGAUUCGAUGGAAGGAGCCUCUUUAGCUAAGAAAUUGCAAUUUUAAUUGUGAUUGAUGCUAGAACAAAUGGACGAGAUAAGAAAUUGCUCGCUAGAUGCAACCAAUGCCAAUUUCGGAAGAUUAGAGAGAUCUCUAAUUGUGAUACUGUAUGUCGAAGUAUUGUGUCACGUUGUAGCAAAUAAUUUUAUAAAAGUAUUGCUCGAAUUCUAAUAUCUUACACAUAUAUAGUACAUAAAAAAGCAUGUGUGAUUAUAUUUUAAUAAUCUAGAAUUUUGUGGCAAGAAAUUCUAAUAACAAUUUGUACGAUAAUAUCAUAAAUCCCUUUUUCAAUAAAUCACUAUAUUUCCGGUAAUUGAUCGGUGAAAAUGACAGAGGAGCGGGAGGAUAUAUAUAUGGAAACAGGCAAUAAUAAUACGCGUGUUGAAAAAUACAAUGUUACGCUGCGAUAUCUUUAUUAACUUAAAGAUUAAAAAACGAGAUAUUCAAACGAUUUCGUAAACCACGAAACAUCCAAUCUGAAAGAAUACGAAAAAAGUAACUAGCUAAUCAUAAAGCAUUAAUUUUCUUUCACACCAGGCCGAUAUUUACGAUAAGUACGGACGAGUAACACGAUAUUCACGUAGCAUGUUUCAGUUCGCUAAUCUGUGAUCGUAUUAUGGGUGGAUUUGUUGGAUUUCAUGGAGAAACCGAGAUAAGUUACAAAAGCUUGUAAUUUAUCUCGCACCUUACAUUUCGCGUAUUUCGAUCAAAGAACAUUUCACUAAAUUUACGUCUUAUGAUUCUGCUAAUGCACAUUUUGUAGGUAAUGCUCAUAAUUGUACUGCAUUGAAAUUGCUUCUCUCUUCAAUGCACACGUCAAAACGUGCAAACUUUCUUCAAUUAUGUAUGUACAUAUGUACAUGAAGUUAUAAAUCAAUACUGUUAUGCAACAAAAAUACAAUUUAGUACAAGAUUAUUCUUAAUUUAUUAUAUUAAUGCAUACGUCGAAACGAACCGGCCGCAUUCGGAACGGAAGAGAUCUGUCCUCUGUCACUCUGCUUCCAGUAUAAAACGCAAAGAUCCUUAAAUUUAACGACAAAGGCCGUGCGAAGAUUUACCUUACGAAAGUAUAUCUUAUAUUACAUAUCUUCUUACAUACGAGCGUAAUUUAGGAUGAUAGACAUUUUAAUAUUGAAGCAAUGUAUGUGUGAUUUACACCUAUGCGUGCCUUGUUCUUUAAAUUGUUAAAUUUGGUAAAACGGAACAAAAAAUUCUUUGUAAAAUAAUAAUACAUAAUUGUUUUGAUGUAAGAUGCGUUUGGAGAUUAGGGCCGUCAUUAAUUUACAUGUACAAAUAUACAUGAGUUUGUAAGACUAUUUCGAUCUCUGUGGCAAAGCACAUUUUAUUUACACGUCUCUCCCUUGCAUCGUCGACUAUAUUACAGUUAUUACAAGUAUAUCUUCGUUUAUCUUCUCGUCGAUCAAUAUUGCAAACAUCUUGAAAGCAAACGGAUAAAUUAGGAGUAAUUUAAUUAGAAAAGUAAUCUUAAAAAGCACCACAAAAUGUGCUAUAUAAAUGAUAAAUUUAUGUUAACACAUAUCGUACUCUGGUCCCUUUCGUUUGAAUUGAAAUAUAAGAAAUAUCUAUGUUUUCUAAAUAUUAUUAUCUCCAUAUGAUUAGUAGCAUAGUAACUGCUAAAUGUGUAUGUGUGUUUGUAAUAAUAUUACUGAAUAUUGAAACUCUUAAAGGAAAGCAGCAGAGCUGAAUCAAUAAAAACUGUGUAGUAAUCUGCAUUAAAUCAAAAAUAGAACAUCUGACGUGUUUAUCUAUGUAUGCCACUACUCGGUAUCAUGAUUAGUUUUCUAUUUUUUUUUGUUUAUGAAUAUUACAACAUAUACGUGUAUGUAUAUAUAUAAAAUUUUGCAAUUGUAUUAAACUUCGUUAAUGCAUACAUACAUUGUACAAGGAACAUUUUAAACUUUAAUAUUUAUUUGCAUAAAGUACGUACGCCUUUGCAUAGCUCUAUCGUGAAAUAUUAAUUUCAAUGUUUAUUACAACUAACAAAUAGUUAAAUUUAAAAAGACAAGUUACUAUUAAAAAUCCCUCUAUGGUAAAAAUGAAAAAUACUGGACAUAGUAUCAGAAAGAAAUAAUACU